AGAAAAGAAUUAUUAUAGUGUUAACAAUGAAGAAAGAGAAAAAGAAAGAACUAUAUAAAGAAUCAUAUAUACAUGAAUUAUGUACGUGAAGAAAAAAGAACAUAUGUACACAAAUGUAAAUAUUUUAUAACGGGUACAAUUUGUUAUGGGAACGGCCCUGAGGUCGGAUGACCGCAUGCGGGUAGAAACCGACGCCUCGAAACCAAUUUACCGCAUCCGGUCUGUGCAGUUUUACUUGAUCAUGAGGUGUGAUCUCACUGGACAGUGGGUUGCAUUUUGACAAAUUAACGUCAAAAUGUGCGAGACCGAGAGAUUAAUCAAUCUCGUGAAAAAUUAUCCAAUCUUGUAUAAUAUGAAGAAUAAAUAUUACAAGGACAUUAAUAAGAAAGCAACAGUGUGGAAAGAAAUAGCGAUUCAAUUGGACUUGGAAGAUGGUACAGUAGCAAAAAAUAAAUGGAGGCACCUUCGUGAUUGUUAUGGAAAAUAUUUACGAUCACAAUCAGAUGCUACAGGACAAUGUAACAAAAAAUAUAGAAGGUGGACUUGGGCUAAUCAGAUGGAUUUUUUAAAGCCUUAUGUAACCACUAGACAAAUCGAUUUAAAUCAUGUAGGAAGUUAUUCGGAUAGUGAUACAGAUACAAAGAUCAAAAGUGAACCUGCUGGCCAUGAAGAUAUUGUGCAAUAUUUCAAUGAUUCUCAUAAUGAAGAAAUGCCAGUUUCUAGGCAUUGCUCGAUACAACCAACUUUAAAUCUAAAUAUACCUGAAGAGACAAUAGAAUAUUUACAAACGAGAAAAGUACAAAAAUGUAUGGAUGCAAUGGAUUUGUUAUUUUUAAGUUAUGCGCAAACAUUGAAGACUCUUUCUCCUCAGAGACAAAUAGCAAUCAAAUUACAGAUUGCACAAAUUAUAAACAGUGCAGAGAUAGCACAACUUGGAGAACGUGAUAGAUUACGUUUUCCAACAACGCCAUCGUCGCCUACAUAGUACUUGCUUUUUUUUUCUUUUUUCUUUUUUUUUUCUUUUUUCUUUUUUCUUUUUUUUCCCCUUUUUUUUCCAGUCAAUACAUAUUUAUCUUUUGUAAACGAUAAAUAGUAGACACGUAUCUCUCAAUAAUGGUACAUUGUUACUAUAUUACAUUAUGUUACACAAUAAAUUGUUAUAUUUCUGCAAUAUAUGUAUGCUCAUGCAUAUCAUACUGUUACUGUGAUAAAAAUAUUUAUUUUUCAUAUUUACAUCUAUAUGACAUGCAUACAUAAAAAAAUGUUUCGAUUGUGAUUUAAAAAUGUAUUAUGUUCUUUGUAAAUUGUUUAAUCUCAUGUAAGAGACAACUUAUUGGAAGUAACUUCAAUAGCUCUUACAAGAUCUUUUCCAAGAACAUAAAAGUCUUGUAUCAUUGUAGAAAAAUUUAAUACAAGUUUACCAUUGUUAUUCAAUUUUCGGCAAUUCAUGUUCGAUACUUUAAAAUCAUUGUCUUUUAAAGCAGUAGGUUUCAAUAAAACUCCUAUUACCAUACCACCAUAUGUAUCAUGAAAAAAUAAAGCAAAUUCACUAUAACCAUCCUAUAAAUAUAAAUAUUAUAUUAGUUUAACAUCAAAUUACGUUGAUAAAAAUAUAUAUUAUAAAGUUCAACGUACCCUUAACUCUUUCAAAAAAUAUUGAAUAGGAUCAAAGUCUAUGAUAGGAAUUUUUUCCAGUGAAUGUGGUUUAUAUGGAUGCCAUUCAACAACUGGAUGUUCUUCAUUCAGAUCAAUUGCUUGCAAUCUUCUAGGAUUAAGAAGUGGUUUCAAAUGUAUCAAACAAUCAUAUUCUGACAUAGGUGAUCUAAAGAGAGAUUUACAAUCUAAUAUCGUUUUAGUGUAUAAUUGUCGCUCAAACAAUUUUAAAGAUUCUUGAGCGAGAAGACAUAUACGAUUCAAAAUUAAUACAGUCGGUGCUUUUCUAGUCCAUAAAGAUCCUUGUUGGUCAUAAGGUGUAGAAAUAAAUAAAGGUGGCAAAGUGUCACGCGACUUUCCGAAAAGCGUUUCUACCUCAAUUAUUUCUUCUUCUGUAAAUACAUAUAACACGUUUAAAAAGUUAUUAAAAAGUUAAAUUAUCUUAAAUAUAUUAUAUUUACAUACUUGACAUUUCAUCAUUGAAAUUAACAAUAACAGGAUCUGUAUUCCAGUGUUCCCUUGCAAAAAUUUCUAAAACUCUUAAAAAUCCUACUUGUGGCAUAUGUGCAUGUCUAUAUGGUUCUGGCAUUAAAUACAUUGAUGCUAAAAUUAAUUCAACUGCUACAUUUGGCAUAUGAUAAUCAUCCAAUAAAUGAGCAGACAACCAACGUUUUGUUAAACAACAAGCAGCACCAAAAGAAGGAUGUUGAGAGUGUAUUCUAUUAUAAAUAAUACAAUUUAUAUAAUAAUUAGCAAUAA